GGGAGGGGAGGGGAGGGCCGGCAGCACCUCGCCUCGCGGCGCUGCUCCUUCCGGGCCUGCGGCGCCAUGGGAGCCGGCGGGCUGUGGGUGAGGAGCGCCCACACCGCCCUCAGCGGGGGCUUAACGCUGGGGCUCUUCCUGCACCGCACGGAUCUGCAGAAGGAAGCGGAGCGCGGAGCCGUGCUGCAGCCCGCGAUCUUCGUAGCGCUGCUCGGGUGCUCCGUGCUGCUGUACUUCAGGGUGUCCCUCAUGGACCCGGGCUUCGUUAGGGCUGAAGAGGAGGCAGAGGCAGACAAAAGUGAAGAGCAAUGCAUGGUGAUACCCCAGGUUUCAAGCAGUGUUAAGAUGCGGCGUUGUGGCUACUGCAUGGUGAAGCAACCAAUGCGAGCCAAGCACUGCCAGCUGUGCCAACGCUGCGUUCGGCGCUACGACCAUCACUGCCCCUGGAUUGAGAAUUGCGUGGGAGAGAAGAAUCACCCCCUCUUCAUAGUCUACCUUAGUGUACAGCUUGUAGUUCUGCUGUGGGGAGGACAUGUUGCUUGGUCAGGCCUUUACUUUAAACAGUCCUGGGAGUGGCUGCGGCACAACAUUUUCCUCCUCAUAUCCUUCCUCCUGAUAGUCAUAUUCACCAUUGUUGUCUUGCUGCUGCUUAUUUCACAUCUCUAUCUGAUCUCAUGCAACACCACCACCUGGGAGUUCAUGUCGUACCACCGCAUCUCCUACCUGCGGCACUCUGAGCUGGAGAAUCCCUUUGACCAAGGAGUAAUCCGCAAUCUCUGGAGGUUCUUCUGUUCAUGCCAUCUCACUGCAUGGGAGAAGAUCUAUUUUCACAGGAGCAAUGAACCUGUCUAGUCAUAGUGGUACCUAAUGAGUAAAAUGCCAAAAGACAGCUGCAGGUUGUUGGAUAAAGCUUUGCAUACGUUGCUUAGAACUUUAAUACAUCGCGGAUUAUGCAACAUGUUCCACAACCUGUCCAUCCAUAAAAGCAAAUCAAGAAGGAUAAUCAGGGCUAUUUUUUUUAUAUAUGAAUAACACUGUUAAAGGGGAGGCACUGGUUCUGAGGUGCUCAGAAGUUCUGAUGUCUUGACCAAGGAGAGAUAUCUCUUUAAAUACCCUUCCUUGUGUUAACUUGCAUCCACACCUGAAGAGAUGCAAGAACUGCAUGACAGCCUUGUAAACUUCUGCUCCCCAAAGUUUCCUCUUCAUUUGCUGCUAAGGAACAGCAGCUGUUACCAACAAACCAGCCAGAAUCAAUACAAUCCCUGUGGCCUUUCUUCAGCAUAGCUCUUACUGUGAAGAACCACAGUGCCUUUUGUCAGUAAUGUUGGAUACAUAAGAGAAAUAUUUGAAUAAAUAUUUGUACAGUCAAAAGCAAA